UUUCGAAAUCUCUAAUAUAUACAUGAUUUAAUCAGCAGUAUUGGGCAUAUUUGCAGCGCGCAAGGUCACAAUUUCUCGUCCGUUUCUUUUGCAUUCGCCAGCUAAUCAUUUGCCGUGUUUCACUUGCCGCUUUUCACGAAAAGACAUUCCCUUGGCGAAGUUCACGCAUUGAAUACGCAAGCGAGUGUUUGUAUUUCUAUUUUUAUCCCGUCAAAGGAUUUACUCUCAAUGGUACCAAAGUUAGAAUUGCCCCAUAUACACUAUGCGUAGUUGCAUCAAUGCCAGGCAAUUAGGACAUUUUCCAAUCUAGCUCUCAUCAAUUUCAUUAUCUUGCUAGUUAGCGUAUUUCUAACGUAAACGUAAAAAACAUUUAAAUUAAAAUCUUACGUGAUUCAUGAAAGAUAAUGGAAUUAAUGCGAAAGUCGAAUUAUCUGACAAUAAUAUCGCAUAACUGAUCAUUCAUCAACGUUUGAGCGUGUAUUUUAAAGAGGAAGUGUUCUUGCAAAUCGCUUUUCUCGCGUCCUUGUAUUUAUCCUUCUCCGCCGACGAGUUUGCGCCGCGCCGGACGAAAAGCGGCGGUGGGGAUCGCGUGUAGCAGCCACCGGCUGUUGGGAAGAUGAGAGUCGCCGGUGAUGUGCUUGUGCGGAGGCCUCGCGGAGGACAACGCCAGGAUCAUCCUCCUCGCCGUUGUCCUGGCAGCGUACAUGCUCGCAGGCGCAGCCCUUUUCCAACGACUAGAGAGUGAUCUUGAGAUACGGCAGGCUACAGAGUUUUGGCGAGUAUAUCACGCAUUUCGGAGACACCAUUUGCGAGGCAGCCCCUUGGCUCUGCAGAGGUUGCACGAGCUGCUGUACGCUUACAGCAACGCUUCCGCCACCGGCAUCAUCAAUAAAAGACGCCGUUGGGACUUUCCUGGUAGCUUUCACUUCGUGGGUACCAUAGUUUCUACAAUUGGGUACGGGAGCACGGCGCCUCAAACAACGGCAGGCAAAGCGGCUGUCAUUCUUUAUGGUUUCUUCGGGUGCUCCGGUGGCAUUCUGUUCUUCAAUCUUUUCCUGGAGAGGAUUAUCACUUUCCUCGCGUGGAUUUUACGCAGCUGGCACGUACGUCGAUUAAGGAGACGUCUCCGCAGGACUACAUUAGCGUCUCGACGAGUUUCUAAGUCAUCAAACACCCAGAGACCAUCUCUGCCGGACAUACUCGAUGACGACGAUCACGUAGAUCUAGACCAAUGGAAGCCAAGCGUAUACUGGAUCAUGCUCUACUUGUCCACGAUCUCCUGCAUCAUCGCCUGUUGCGCCGCUGCGCUUUACGCGCCACUAGAAGACUGGAAUUACUUCGAUGCGCUGUACUUUGCUUUCGUCAGUUUCACCACCAUCGGCUUCGGCGACUUCGUCAGCACGCAGAAACCGAGCUAUCCGCACGUACAUUGGUAUAGAUUCGCAAACUUCAUUUUCCUGGUGGUGGGAUGUUGCUGCAUAUAUUCCCUGUUAAACGUUACAUCGAUCGUAAUAAAGCAGGGCCUGAAUUAUGUAAUACACAAGCUUCAAUAUGGUAAUCAGGACGUAGCAGCGCCGUAUUUGCCGAGAAGGCAGUCCUCGGUAUCGAGUAUAUAUUACUCGAGGAAGCGGUCGACGAAGCUUGUAGGCAGAGAUUCGAUCAGGGCGAAGGAUAACUCGGAGAUGCCGCGCAGGAUGUCAGGCGAAUUGAUUUCUAUGAAGGAUUUCCUGUCCGCGAACAAAGUCUCCCUGGCUGUGAUGCAGAAACAGCUGUACGAUGCCGCGCAGAAACAGAGGGGCGGCGGAUCGCUCGUCGCCACGCCGAAUCAUCAGGUGUUGAGGCCUGGAGCCGUAGGCCCGCUCGCAAUCGCUAGCGAAAAGUUCGAAAGCAAAAGCACGAUAAAUAGAUAGGAUAGUUGCAGCAAGGUAGAAGCUAUAAAAAUAUAUAUGAUAGCAUCAGUAUUGAGUAUAUUUUUUACCUCUUGUCAAAUCUUGUUCGCUUAAUACCGAGCUGUCCUUAUUAAUACAUUCCCUCGGUUCCUUGCAACGCGUCCCAUGCAAUAAGAACUAUCCAUUAUGUAUUACCUUCAGUAA